ACCAGCCCAGGGCUGGGCUGCAGUGCUGCCAUGCUGUGCUGGGGAUGCAGCUUGGGCAAGGGGGAGUACGGCACAAGAAGCUGGCACGCCCGUAAGAACUCCUCCCGUGUUGACGUCCCUCAGCACAGCAGCCUCACGACGGGAACUGAGCGGCCGCGAGGUUGCAGCGUGCCGGCGGGGAGCCGCCUGAUACCGCGGCGGCCGCCAUCUGCAGGCCGAUCCGCUUCCGCAGCAGCUCCCGAUUAAGUUGGCGUGCCGCCAGGGAGGGCGAUCUCCCUCGCCACCUUCCUACCGGCCCGUGCGGGGCCCCGCGGCCCCACCUGCCCGCGACGGCGAUGGCGGCGGGUGAGCCGCCGGGCGCGGAGCACCUUUCGCAGCUGGCGGAAAAUCUGCUGUAUCAGCUGCAGGAGAAUUUUCAAGCUCUGACAGAAAGGAUAACUCUGAGAAUGGAAGAAAUGGGUGAGCGCAUCAGUGACCUUGAGAAGCACGUUGUGGACCUAAUGAUAGAGGCUGGAAUAGAGAACUCCGAUGAUGAAUUGAGACACUGAAAUAAGGAUGUGAGCAAGAAAGAUAAAGGGAGAACAGCUCUGCACUGAAUUUGGAGUGUGUCAUCACUUACAAUCAGUGUCACUAGUCACAAAAAGUGUCAGUGAAAACAAAUACACUUGCAUCACGUCAUGAUAGAAUCUCCAUUUUUCUUUUCCUUUAAAUUAUUGUUCCAGGAAAGGAGUAGAAAGCUAGGUUUAUUCAUCUAAAUGGGACACUAUUUCCUAUAAUUGGGAAUAAACCAGAAGAAACCAUUAGUUUCACGGGAGGCAAAAAAAAUACUAUGAUAGAAAACUAUCCUAUAUAGUAGUGAGCUUAUCCAGCCACAAACUUUCUCAGUGUAAAAAAUGUAUUUUAUUCAAUAUUACUAAUAUUAAAAUUUCCAUCAUGCUUC